UCCAACCUCUGGGAAUGUUCUCUGUUGAAGCUGCAGGCUCUGGGCAAAGGUCCAGCCGCCAGCAAGAGCAAAGAUGACCUGGUGGUGGCCGAGGUGGAGAUCAACGACGUGCCCCUCACCUGCAGGAACCUGCUGACCAGGGGCCAGACCCAGGACGAGAUCAGUCGCCUGAGCGGAGCCGCCGUGUCCACCCGGGGCAGGUUCAUGACUGCAGAGGAGAAAGCAAAAGUGGGACCUGGGGACCGUCCCUUGUACCUCCACGUGCAGGGGCAGACGCGGGAGCUGGUGGACAGAGCCGUGAACAGAAUCAAGGAGAUCAUCACCAACGGGGUGGUGAAAGCAGCCACGGGCUCCAGCCCCACCUUCAACGGGGCCACGGUCACCGUGUACCACCAGCCAGCCCCCAUCACCCCCCUGAGCCCGGCCGUGGGGCAGAAACCGCCCUUCCAGUCCGGGGUCAGUGCUCGUGGGGAGUCAUGGAGUGGGUCUGGGGACAGGGGUUGGGGUGGGAGUCAUGGAAUGGCUCUGGGACAAGG